AUGGUUGACGCCGCCUGUCGCAUCGCCGGAAAAGAAGAGCUCUACGUCUUCUCCGGCCGGCACUACGGCCGCGUCAGAUUCAGCAAAGGAGGCCCCGAGCACAGUCUCGCCGCCGGCCCAACCCUACUAAGCAAGGGCUGGAACACUCUUCCCAAGAUGGGCUUCGGCACCGUGGACACCCUUGUACCUGUGCCUGGCCACGAAAACCAACUGUACGUUUUCUUCGGCGGCCGCUACGCCCGCAUCAAACUUGAAAACUACGACGACAGCUUCGUCAACGACGGCGCGCGGCCCAUUACCGCUGGAUGGAAGUCUCUUGCGCAGGCGGGCUUCGACGCCGUCGAUGCCGCAAUGCUCACCCCCGGAACAAAGAAUGAGAUGUACUUCUUCCGCGGCUUGAACUAUGUUCGCCUCGAUAAUGGUACGGACAAGCUUGUUAAUAAGGUCGCGCCUAUUGCGCAGGGCUGGCCGAGUCUUGUCCAGGCUGGCUUUGAUUGUGUUGAUGCCAUUGUGCCGAGCCCUAGUGGUCAGGAUCUGUACUAUGUCUUCCGUGGUGAUCAGUUUGCCGUUAUUAAGGUUGAUAGCUCCAGGGCUGAUACGCUUGUUUCGCCGCCGAAGCCUAUUAGCGCCGUGUGGAAGGCUUUGGAGGGAUGGGUUUAG